UUCUAUGUCUCUGUCUCUCUUCUGCCGCUUCCUUGAGGAACAAAAUUUUAAUUUCCACUGUUCUUCGGCAGCCAAAGCCAAAACGAACCCAGAAAGAAAGAAAAAAACAGAUCAACAGGUGGAUAAUGUUUUAGUUUGAGAUUACCAGAAAAACACAGCAAUUUUUGUCUUUCUCAAAUGGGCGUAACGAGUCCACUCAAAGGCCAAACUCACUCUCGUUCUUUCACCACCAAGUUCUUGCCUUAUGUUAUUUAUGCUCUCUUCCCCAUUGCUCUCUUUCGCUUCUACUUUCACCCUUUCCCUUCGCCCCCCACAGAUCAGCUUCCUCACAGCAAUCGCAUCGUUCUCACCUCUUCUUCUUCAUCAUCAUCUUUCUCCAUAGAAGAGGGAACAUCUAAUGAAGUUCCAUGUAACUACACCAAUGGUAGAUGGGUACGUGACAAGAUGGGGCCUUUAUACAAUGGCACAACCUGUGGUACAAUCAAAGACGGUCAAAAUUGCAUCUCCCAUGGGAGACCAGAUUUGGGUUACCUUUACUGGCGAUGGCAACCGAGCCAAUGCGAGCUCCCGAGGUUUGAUCCCAAAACUUUCUUCAACCUCCUUAGUAACAAGCACAUAGCUUUUGUUGGUGACUCGAUGGCUCGGAACCAAUUGGAAUCACUCCUUUGCAUGCUGGCCUCCGUCUCGAAUCCUAACCUGGUUUACGCCAACGGGGAGGAUAACAAGUUCCGGCGGUGGCAUUUCGAUUCUCAUAAUGUUACCGUAUCUGUUUAUUGGUCGCCGUUUCUUGUUAGAGGUGUUGAGAAAUCGAAAACUGGCCCGGAUCAUAACGAAUUGCAUGUUGAUGUUAUUGAUGAGAGGUGGGGAUCUGAUUUGGAUCAUUUAGAUAUGAUUGUACUCUCAAUUGGGCAUUGGUUCCUUCAUCCGGCUGUUUAUUAUGAAGGUGGUUCGGUUUUAGGUUGCCAUUACUGCCCUGGAUUGAACCUAACCGAGAUAGGCUUUUAUGAUGUGAUGAGGAAGGCGAUAAAGACGACUUUGAAGACGAUAAUUGGAAGGAAAGCAGGUAGCGGUAGCGGAAUCGAUGUGUUUUUAACCAGUUUUUCGCCUUCGCAUUUCGAAGGCGAAUGGGAUAAGGCAGGUGCUUGUCCCAAGACAGAGCCUGACAGGGAAGGGGAGAAGAUGGUUGAAGGAAUGGAUGCAGAUAUGAGAUCGAUUGCGGUAGAAGAAAUCGAAGCUGCUAAGGUAAAUGCAAAGCAAUUUGGAGGGUUGAGAGUUGAGACAUUGGAUGUGACCAAAUUAUCAUUGAUGAGACCAGAUGGUCAUCCAGGGCCUUACAUGUAUCCAUUUCCAUUUGCUAAUGGGAUUCAAGAACAUGUUCAAAACGACUGUGUACAUUGGUGUCUUCCGGGUCCUAUCGAUACUUGGAAUCAGAUAAUGUUACAAGUAAUCAAAAGAUGGAGGCGAUGAGACGGUGAGCGUGAGGAGAAUACAAUACGAAAUUCUGUUUUUUUCCCUUCAAAUUUCAUUUUGCUGUUCAUCUGUGUUUUGGUAGGUGCAUAUUGUUGUUUCGCAAAACUAGUGUUGUUGACGAAAAUGAGAUGGUUCAGUUGGACACACAUGUUGAGUUUUUGUUAUCAGAUCUGUACAAAUGGCCUCAACGCUAAAAAUGUGUGGAGGAAGUUGAAAGAUCA